GCUUUCAACUGAAACAGUUGUGCAGAUAUAUUGAGCAGGGACUGCUUGCGAAUCGCGUUUCCUGUUUACGUGCUGUUAAUUUUUCUAAUAGAAAAAUGUCGAAAUAUUCGAUUGUUAUGGUUCGCCAUGGAGAAAGUGAAUGGAAUAAAUUAAACUUAUUCUGUGGAUGGUAUGAUGCCAAUUUAUCUGACAAAGGUAAAGCUGAAGCAGUUUCAGCAGGAAAAUCAGUUAAAGAGGCAGGUUAUACUUUUGAUAUAGCUCAUACUUCAGUAUUAACAAGAGCUCAAGAAACUUUAAAGGCAAUUCUGAAAGAAAUAGGCCAAGAAAACAUUCCUAUUUGUAAAACAUGGCGUCUGAAUGAACGUCAUUAUGGUGGUUUAACUGGAAUGAACAAAGCUGAAACUGCUGCCAAAUAUGGUGAAGAACAAGUACAAAUUUGGAGAAGAUCAUUCGAUGUACCUCCUCCACCCAUGGAACCAGACCACAAAUAUUAUGAUACAAUAGUAAAAGAUGCAAGAUAUGCCAAUGAACCAAAACCAGAAGAAUUCCCCAAAUUUGAAUCAUUGAAAUUGACUAUUGAAAGGACAUUACCUUACUGGAAUAAUACUAUUAUUCCACAAUUAAAAGAAGGAAAGAAAAUUAUCAUUGCUGCUCAUGGAAACAGUUUACGUGGCAUAGUAAAGCAUAUAGAUCAACUGAGCAAUGAUCAAAUCAUGGGUUUAAAUUUACCAACUGGUAUUCCAUUUGUCUAUGAAUUAGAUGAAAACUUUAAACCUGUUGUGUCUAUGAAAUUUUUAGGUGAUGAAGAAACUGUUAAAGCUGCAAUGGCUGCAGUUGCUGCACAAGGAAAAGCUAAGUAAUGUUAAAAAGAAAAUUUAUUAUCAAAUUUUUAACAUUACAUAUGUAUGAAAAAUUGAUUAGUUUCUUGUUUUAUCAUUAAAAGUUCAGUUUAUUUAUAA